GAGGGGGGAGGCCGGCGGGGGUAGCGGGGAAAGGGCGUGUGGAAGGCAUUCGUGUCUCGUUAACCUGGAUAACUUCGGGUUAGUGACGACUUUCCCUGUGGUUGCUUUGCUCUGUGUUUCUGCGCGUGGCUGCUGUCAUGGGUGUGUUCAAGUCCUUGGCCUCGGUGACGGACGUGGUGGUGGUGGUGGUGGUGGUGAGCCUUGUGUUAGUGACUCUUGCCGGCGAAGCGGAUGGACGGACGGUGCUGUUUUCGGCGGUGGUUCGCGACUUUUCUGUGGAUCACACCGACUUUGAACGGUAUGGAGGCGGCGGCGUGGACUGCGGAGCUGUGGAGGAUGAGCUCGGCGAGGACCGCAAGCCGAUCAUGUGGGGUGGGAAGACGGCGACGGGAAAGUUCCUCGACCGGCCGUGCCCGCAGGCCGGCACCGGACGGCCGCGCCGGGUCGAGUACUUUCAGAACUUCUUCCGCGACGUGCCGGGCGUCAACAUCCGCAUUCCCAUCCAGCUCAAGUUUGAGGAGCAGCCGCCAGGCUCGGGCAUCUUUGUCUUUGAUCGUAACAAGGACGCUACCGGCAUCAACCAGUACUUUCCGGUCGAUGGACUCGGCUGGGGCGCCGACGUGCGGCGGCUGGGUUUCUUUGGCAACGUUCGCAACUUUCUCUUCACCACCGAGAUCCACGCCGAGUUUGUGUACCGCGGCGACAACGAGUUCUUUAACUUUGCCGGCGAUGACGACGUCUGGGUCUUUGUCAACAACAAGCUGGUCGUCGACGUCGGUGGCCUGCAUUCGCAAAGAACCGGUGCCGUCAACUUGACGAACAUUGCCGGCAAGCUCGGUCUUGUGCCUGGCGAGCGGUACCCUGUGUUUGUGGGCAUCGCCGAGCGCCACUCGACCCAGUCCAACUGCCGGAUCGAGACGACGCUUGCGCCCAUCAACCGGCGGCCGUCAACGCAGCCAGCGGCGUACUCGGUCAAGGUCGGUGAGAACGUGACGGUCGAGUUUGUGGCGUUUGACGAGGACGGCGACAACCUCGUGUACACCCAUACCAUUCCGGACGAGCUAGCGCUGCUGCUGGACAUUGCGCCCGACUCGCAGACGGCGCGGUUCCACGCGCCAGACUCGCUCGACCUGUACCUGCCUGCCAACGAGACGUCGUACACGUUCUCGAUGGAGUUCACCGUCUCUGACGGUGAGUACACGGCGUGUCCGUCGACAGUGACCAUCACCGUCACGCGAACGCUGGUGGCCCCUAGCCCGCCGGCUGCGACGCCGGCGCCGACGGACAACACCACCACGGUUGUCAUCAUCUCGAUUGUCGCCGUCCUUGCAGUCAUCGGCAUCAUCGCCCUCAUUGCGCUCAUCUUCUACGUCCGCUCGCAGGCCGAAACCUGGAAGGCCGAGAUCAUGGCCGAGUUUGCGGAUGACAACCUCUCGAUGAACCCGCUGUACACGGGGGCAAACACUGAGUUCUCGUCACCGCUCUACGACGAUGGCGGUGGAGACUCGGUCCAGAUGUCGCACUUUUGAAGUCAUUGUUACCUGUUGCAUGCAGUGUAGCCUUGCCCACCUACCUGCCCCUGUUGCCGUCCAUGUAGAUCGACAUGAACUCAUCACCCAAGGUC